GUAUUUACGUUUUACGAAACAUGACAUGAUAAAAAUAUUUAGGACACUCAGUCACCGUCUUGUUAAUCUAAGACGGAUAUCUUUGUUAACAGUAGGAACUGCAGUACUUAGAUAUCUACAUAUACAUGAAGGAAUGACAUCUGUAACUUUAGAGUCUCUAAAUUUUGACAAUUUAGCUCUUCGGUCCCUUCCCAUCGACCCAGAAAAGGAAAACUAUAUUCGACAAGUUUCAGGUGCGUGCUUCUCGAAGGUAAAACCGACACCGGUAUCCAACCCACAGUUGGUGGCAGCAUCAGUCCCUGCAUUGUCACUCAUUGAUCUGGACUCUGCACAAAUAGAGAGGGAAGACUUUGCAGAGUUCUUCAGUGGAAACAAACUGUUGCCUGGCAGUGAUACUGCUGCACAUUGCUACUGUGGUCACCAGUUUGGGUAUUUCUCAGGACAGCUUGGAGAUGGAGCUGCAAUGUAUCUUGGUGAGAUUGUUAACAAAUCUGGAGAGAGAUGGGAGAUACAGUUUAAGGGUUCAGGACUGACUCCAUAUUCUCGUUCAGCUGACGGCAGGAAGGUACUCCGUAGUACUAUCAGAGAGUUCCUGUGUAGUGAGGCCAUCCAUCACCUAGGAAUUUCCACAACAAGAGCUGGAACCUGUGUCACGUCAGACAGCAGAGUGAUCAGGGAUAUAUUUUACGAUGGAAACCCAAUACAGGAGAGAUGCUCAGUAGUGCUCAGAAUCGCUCCUACAUUCCUCAGGUUUGGGUCAUUUGAGAUUUUCAAACCAACAGAUUCAGAGACAGGGAGGAAGGGGCCAAGUGUUGGGAGAAACGAUAUCCUGACCCAGAUGUUAGACUACACGGUCCAGACAUUUUAUCCUGAGUUAUGGAAAGCUCACAGCUCUGACAAAACAACUGCUUAUGUAGAAUUCUUCAAAGAACUCACAAGACGUACUGCAAGACUAGUAGCAGACUGGCAGAGUGUGGGCUGGUGCCAUGGAGUUCUGAACACAGACAAUAUGAGUAUUGUGGGAGUGACCAUUGAUUAUGGUCCCUUUGGUUUUAUGGACAAGUAUGACCCAGAUUUCAUUUGUAAUGCCUCAGAUGAUGGUGGGAGAUACACAUACAUAAAACAACCCCAGAUUUGUAAGUGGAAUUUAAAGAAGUUUGCAGAGGCUAUUCAGGGAGUAGUACCUUUAGCAAGGACAAUUCCAGAAACUAAGAUAUUUGAUGAAGAGUAUAGCGAUUACUACACAAAGAAAAUGAGGAAAAAGUUUGGGUUGAUCAACAAAGCAGAUGAAGAAGAUGGGAAGUUGACGGGAACUUUUCUGGACACAAUGCGGAAGACUGGUGCUGAUUUCACUAACUGCUUUCGCUGUCUGAGUCGCCUCCCUUUACCUGGCUCUCCUGAUUUUGAAGAUAAAUUACAGGAGGUUAUUCAGUACAUUCUUACCCAGUGUUCAACUGUAGAGGAGCUGAAGAAAGAUUAUAGACCAAGAAUGAAUCCAAGGCAGUUUCAGAUGAUUCUGAUGUUGAUGGAAUCAAAUCCUCAAAUUGCACCUUCACUAGGAAGAGGUUUUUCUGCCUUUACCCAAGAAAUAGAAAGGCUUGAAAAAUAUAAGGAAUUAGAGAAAAUUACAGAAGAGGAUAAGAAGAAAGAGAAUACAGACCUGUGGACAAGCUGGUUUAAAACCUAUACUGACAGAUUGAAGGAGGAAGCAGAGGGAGUGACUGACUUAGAGGCAGCCAAUCAGAAGAGAAAAGAGGUCAUGAACUCUACGAACCCAAGGUUUAUUCUCAGGAACUACAUAGCCCAGAAUGCAAUAGACGCAGCUGAAAAGGGAGAUUUUUCAGAGGUGCGUCGAGUGCUGAAGGUUUUGGAAAAACCAUACAGUGAUGAAACAAAUCUGGAAAGUCUCCUUCAGAAACCAGUGGAAGCUUCCAAAGGGGCAACUGAGGAAGAAGUUGAUUCCAGUGGUGAUUUACCAAGAACAUUUGUAGGACAGUUUUAUGACGAUAAGCCACCUUUGUGGUCAGCUGACCUGAGGGUCACAUGAUCCUCGUAAACCACACAGAAUCUGCCUGUUCGUCAAGCCUGGAGUCCGAGGUCACAUGACAGAAACUGAUAUACUUCAGAUGUAUGAUAUAAACAGUGGUAGUUAUGGUGAGAUACAUAUAUUGAUGAUUCAAUUCUCAAAAAUCACUAUUUCUAGAGUUUUCAAAAUUAUUGGGCAUCUUUCAACAUUUGUGAUCAAAAUUAGAAUUCUUCAAUAUCAAUUUAUUGAUAUUCCCAUUUUCAUGGGAUUGUGUCCGAAUUUGUUAUUAUUCCUCAAUAUUGAAUAUGGCCCGCACCUUCGAAUAUGACAUUUAUGAGAACUUAAUGAACUUGUAUGUGAUUCAAUGACUGUGUAAACAUGUCUUCCACAAUGGUUAUUUGUAAUGAGACUUCACAGCAGUGAUUUUAUUAAUUAGUUAGGAACAGGUUGUCGGUUCUGUGUGGUAUUAACAGAUUCAGGGAUACAGAUAUUGCAUGAUCUAAAGAAAUGCAUCAUUUCUUUGUUUAUGAUGGUUCUGAAUUCAACCUUAGUUAAUAGGUAUUCAAAACUUGAAUUUUAUAGUCAUGUAUAAUUGUAGUCUUGGAUUAUUACAUUUGAUAAAGAACAUUUUUAUUGUAUUAUUACAAAUAAAUGGGUUUUUUUUUAACUUUAUUGAUUCUAUGCUAAGUCAAAAGUGACUUUAACUAUGUCUAUUUUCAUUUCUCUUCACAAAAUAAAUCAGGGAAAAAUACAUUUUGGAAACAGAAAAAAUUAAAGCUUAAUUUUUUUAAUAUAUUGAUGCUCAUUAGACAUACUAUUGGAGCAAGCUUUUAAUUUUUGGAGAACCUUAUUUUUUUGUUGAUUUAUUCAGACUGGUGUUAGAUUUUUGGAAACAAGCUACUAUGAUACAUAUGAUAUUCAUCGAUAUUAAAAAAAAACUUGUACAUGAAUAUGCAUUCUCAUAUUGUUAAUAUGUCCAGAUGUAUUGUAUAAGAUAACUUGUUAUUUAAAUCAUAAUUAAGAAAAAAAUUC